AUGACGCCGCGCCCGCCGAAGGAGGGAGGGAGGGUUCGCCUUCCUCAGCCCGGACGUGACGCGUUCGGCGGCCGCCGCCAGGGCCCCACGUGGUGGUGCGGGAGCAGCGCGCAGCGGGGUCUGCACCCGGACGGCCUCUCCGGGCCUGACAUGAACCCCUUCGCCUGGUACCCACCGCCCCCGCCGGGGCUGCCUCCGCCGGGCAUCCCCCCACCCUUCUUCUGCCCGCCGCCCUCCUGGGACGCGAGCUUCUGGGCGGCCCCCGUUCCCUACCCGCCGCCGGGCCGCUACCCGCCGCCCGACAGCCCCUACGCGUCCGCCGACACCUACUCGCAGCCCAAGAGCUACUCCCAGCCCGCCGAGUCCUACUCGCAACCCGCCGAGAGCUACUCGGAUCCCGCCCAGAGCAUCCCUCCCGCCGAGAGCUACUCCCAGCCUGCCCAGAACUUCUCGCAGCCCGAGGGCUACCCGCAGCCCGCCGAGGGCUACCCGCCGGCUCAGAGCUACCCGCAGCCCGAGAGCUUCCUUCCCCCUCAUGGCUUCAGCUCGCCGGGCGCCUGGUUCCCGCCGGCCUACGGAGCGCGGGGCCCGCACGCUGGUGGAAAUGGUAAUUUCUCCCAGAAACGGCAGGGCAAGCAAGGGCCUGCGUUUAGUAAACAUUGCCCAGAAGAAAAUAACAAGCCAAAGACCAAAAAGAAAAAAGAGCCAGUUUUCUCUCAUUACUGUGAUACCUGUGACCGUGGCUAUAAAAACCAGGAGAAGUAUGAUGAACACAUUUCACAGCAUAAGCAGUGCUCAGAAGAAGGUUGCACUUUCAGUGCCCAUGAGAAGAUCGUUCAGAUACACUGGAAGAAUGCACAUGCCCCUGGUGCUAAAAGAAUAAAAUUAGAUAGUCCAGAAGAGAUUGCUAGAUGGAGAGAAGAAAGAAAAAGAAAUUUUCCUACUUUGGCAAACAUUGAAAGGAAGAAGGAAAUGCAGACACAGAAGGAGGAAAGGGGAGAAGUGCUGACUACCCAGCAGUUUGGCAAAAUGAAGGGGAUGUGGAAACCUCCAGAAAAUGGAGAAGCUCUUGGGCAUCAACGAAGACACAGGAGAAGACAAUGGCGUCCAUUCUGGAAGAAAUUUAGGAAAAAUGGUGGCGAUUGUCAUGGACCUAAAACUCAAAAUGAAGCCAAUGGACCAGAAAACAGCACAUGUGAAAAGGAACGUGAAAAACAAAAUGCUUUGGCAGGCCAAGCAUAUGAGAAAGACGUGGACCCUCUUGGUCUUCUGGCAAAUGGUGAUGUCGAAUCUGACAAGGAUGAGGCAGCUGAGGAGGAUGGAAGGCUGGGAACAACAGUUGUCCCCAGGCAGGUCACCUCUGCCCUUAGCUCGCUGUCGGUCAACUAUGGCAGCGCAUCCGACAGUGAGCCCGAAGAAAUCCCUGUCAAGACUGCAACAAAAGCUGAGAGAAACCAGGCUGUGCUCAGAAAUACGCCUCAAACUACUCCUGCUCCUCAGAGUCGGAAACCAAAUCAGAGGCGCCCAGAGUGCGCAGGCACGGCAUUAAGGAGCUCGAAUUCAAACGCACGUCCCCCCAGAGGGCCUGAUAAGCGGGGCAGGAAAACAUUACCUCGCCUUCCCAAGCGCCGUCCAACUCUGCUGGAAAUGUUACUGGCCCAGGACAUCCGGCACGAGAGGAAUGUGAUUUUGCAGUGUGUUCGAUACCUCAUCAGAAAUAACAUGUUUGGACUUCAUCUUAAAACAGAACCACAUGCUGAAGCAGAAACUGAACAGUCCCCUACACCUGCAGCAGAGCCUUCUAUGGAAAAACCUGAUGAAUCUAGUUGUUCUUGUAGCUCUGACCUUCAGUUAGAAGGAGGACAAGAAGAUGCAUUAUUAAUAGCCCAGGGUGAGAAGGAACCUGUGGAUCUGACUUCACAGGUGGCUCAGUUGGCAGAUGAGGACACGUGGGAAACCCCAUCAAUUCAGUGUGAAGGAGCACCGUAGAGGAUGUCUCUUUUGGACAGUAAAGGCUCACAUUUUCUACUCAACUGAUGCUUUUUGAAAGACAUCAGUGUAACAAAAAAUCGUUAAAGUACAUACUGAGAGCUGUUAAAACCACUUUCCUAAUCUGUUCUGCCCUAGGUGGCCAUUUCCUUGGAAAACAUGUUGAGUAGUUCCAUAUCCACAUGGCACAAAGGCAGCAGUGGCACAGAGUAUGACCUUCCCUAGAGUAGAUGCAGAUCCCUGCUCUAGAGCUUCAGAGUUCUGAGUCUCUUACCUUCUUAUGAAAUGUGUGUGAGUCCAUCCCCAGAGCCAAGUAGGAUGGAUUUUCUUCAUGUGAAGUCAUGGUCCUGUGUGUGUGGAGUAUUUUGAGCGUCCAGAAGUAUUUCAGUGUAGUUUCAAAAUGGCAAUGCAGUGCACACAUUGUUUCACUUCAGGUUUUACAAGAUAUAUCCAAUAUAAAUAUAAUAUAGCCAGUGUAAAAUAUGGAAGAUAUAACUGACCUGUCUCAAAAGGUACUGCUUCCACCAGGAGCCUCUUCCUCCCUGAAUUAAGUUGUUAAUUGAGCAGAGAAAUGGAAAUGAGGGUGAAGGUUUUAUUUAUUGAAAAAAAAAAAAAGA